UAAAUAAAUUGUUAAAUAAACAAUCAUUUAAUCAAAUAAUCGUUUAAAGAUUGUGAAAUUUUCGAUUUAUCAUUGAUAAAAAUACAGUCACUGCAGUUUUUUUGUGUUUUGUGGUUGUUUUAUUGUAAAUCUUUGUAAAAGUCCCAAUCCCGCCCUCUACGUGAUUCACCCUAUUACUAAUUCGGUAAAUACCCCAAAUCGCCCCCCCUGAAAGGGGUAAUUACCCGAAAUGUUGCUCAGAUCAUUACAUUUAAUAACCUCACGAAACAUGAGUUGUGUGACACGAUUUAAGCCGUUUUCGUCGAGUUUUAUUUUCAGACAGUUAUUCGACCCGAAAAGCUCGACUUACACGUAUUUAUUGGGCGAUGCUGACAGUGCAGAGUGCAUACUUAUCGACCCGGUUGUGGACCAUGCUAAGCGGGAUUUUCAACUCACCAAGGAUUUGAAUUUGAGGUUACUUUACGCUGUGAAUACCCAUAUGCACGCCGAUCACAUCACUGGAACGGGCCACUUAAAGCAACUUUCCGGUUGUAAAAGUGUGAUAUCUCGCAAAAGUGGAGCACAAGCUGAUGUUCUUAUCGACGAAAAUGAUUUUAUAACAUUUGGUAAUCAGCAAUUGAAGGUGUUAUCAACGCCUGGCCACACCAAUGGCUGUUGUUCCUUUUACAGCGCUGAACAGGUUGUUUUAGCAUCAGAGUGUCCCAGCGAGUUGGUAAAGUCCUGA